AUAGAAUGACUGUUUACGCGAGGGCACUUCCGGUCCGCUAGGUGGCGCUACAGCUCUACUGUUCUGCUGAGAGGCGCCGUCUUUUGUGCAGUCGAGGAAGCCGAGAUGGCAGCCACCAUGAAGGGACCUGUAGCAGUAGAAGAUGUGAACGUCACUUUUGAAGACCAACAGAGGAUCAAUAAAUUCGCCAGGAACACAAGUCGGAUGAAUGAGCUGAAAAAUGAAAUUGAGGCAAAGAAAAAAUCGCUGCAGAACUUGCAGGAUGCCAGCGACGACCUGAUGAUGUUAGACGACGACUCUCUAUUGAUCCCGUAUCAAAUUGGCGACGUCUUUGUCAGUCACAGCCAGGAAGAAACUCAAGAGAUGCUGGAGGCUGCAAAGGAAACACUGGAGCAGGAGGUGAAAGGCCUUGACGACCGAGUGGCCGCGAUACUGCACGUUUUGGGGGAUCUGAAGAUCCAGCUCUACGCCAAGUUUGGUACCAACAUUAACCUGGAGGCGGAUGAAAGCUGAGCGGUGAAAUGGACAUUAACAGCUGCACCGACACGGACCCUCUCACGCAGCUCUCGUGUCAGAUCCUCAGAGCGUUUGCCAAACGACACAUAAAGUAGGACUCGGCAUGAACGGCUUCGACUUGCAGCUUCUGGCUCUUGUUUACACAGAUGUUGUGAUUCUUCAGUUUAACGUUGGCAAAUAAAUUCACAAGGACAGCAAAAGUUAAGAUUUGGAGGUUAAAUAAAUGCACAUCGUUUGUAAAGUAUUUUAAUUCGUCCCUUUAUUUAAUGUUUUUGUUUUUUUUACUCUGAUCAAACUAAAGUAAGAAAAUGAGAAACGAAACAACUGUGUAGUAUUUUAACUUCUGGCAAAUUUAACGUUCUGAACUUGUUUAAUUUGUGAACUCACUUUUAGUUUGACUAUCAACAAAGCUGUGUUGUAUCUUCACUAAUGUCUGAAGUCCUUUUGACGACUGCGUCACCUUAAUUCAGAAUUUGUGGCGUCGUCACGUCAAAUCAAGUUGAUUAAAUAAUUACCUUUUAUGUUACUGA